AUGACGCUCAACAUGCGCACCUACAAGGGCUACGGGAAACUGCCCUACUGCGAAGCGCACGUGCCAAAAGCGAAACAUACCACAAUGGCAGAGACACCCGAACUGAAACGAAUAGCUGAAAACACUAAACUACAGAGCAACGUCAAAUAUCACGCCGACUUCGAGAGGAGUAAGGGCAAGUUUACACAGGUUGCGGAUGAUCCAGAAACAUUAAGGAUUAAAGCGAAUACGAAAAUCAUAAGUAAUGUAGCGUACCACGGCGAUUUGGAGAAGAAGGCGCAAAUGGAGAAGCAGCGGCAGAUGAAUGAAAACGGAGAACUUGUCGAUGUCGCCACUAACGACAACUAUCACCAACAAAUUGAAAACUACGCCACGGAAAUGUUACCACCACCGAACAUGGCCGCUGCUCCCCACCUACCGCCCAAGAACCAUUACCAGACUCCAGCGCCGCAGCCACAGGUCCAAGCCGCCCAGCAGACCAGGCAGUACCAAUCCGAGCAGCAGUACAGACAGCAGAAAUACGAGGACUAUGCGUACCAACAACAACAAAAAUACGACGACUAUCAGAAUCAGUACGCCUACGGACAGUACCAACAACCGAAUUACGGGGUAAAUAAUCAGCAGAAGAUCGGCAGGAUUCAGGAUUACGACCCACUCAGCGAUGGGCCGAGAGCACCCCCCAACAUACAACACGCCUCAGCUACUGUGAUUUACAAUAGCACGAGGGAUGGAAAGCAAAGAGGUGCCCACCAGGCGCAGCAGCAACAAAGUCGACAAAUAGGUCGGGUCACCGACCUGGACCCGCUGGCUACCGAGCAACCGCGACCCACAAAUAACCACCACCACGCCACCAACCAGCGAGUGUAUAUAGCGAUGUACGACUAUGAAGCCAACGAUAGCGACGAAGUUUCAUUCCGCGAGGGUGACUACAUCUCGAACGUGACGUCCAUCGACGAGGGCUGGAUGACGGGCGAAGUGCUGCGCACCGGUCGCACCGGCAUGCUGCCCGCCAACUACGUCGAGCUGGCGCCCGCGCCGCACCACCACUACGCGAAUUGA